AUGGAGCAGGAGAACAGUCUCAUUGUCAAGACUGCGAUUAUCCAGUUUGUCAACAACUACGCCGUUCUCUGCUACCUGUUCGUCGGCAACAUUACCGAGGAUACCAUCCCGCGCUUGUUCAUGUACAUGAGUAAGUAUCGCCUACUCGGUCACUUGGACGACUACAAAAACUCUGACGCUGAGCGCGAGCUCUUCAUGGCCCAGUAUGGCUGGCAUGGCACGUUCGAUGACUACAUUGAGAUGGCGCUUCAGUUUGGCUUCACGACUACAAUGUUCGUCGUGGCCUUCCCCUUCACGCCUCUGCUAUCUACCGCCAGGAAUAUCAGCAAGUGUCUGUUCGACAUGCCCGACGACGACGUCAAUUGUCCGAUCGACGACGACUGCGACGACCCGGAGAACAUGCUCACGAUUGAUGACGAAGACGCUUCCGGCGGCUUUGGCUCCGACGUCGACAAGGAGGCAGGUGGAGGCGACGAAGACGCUCGUCGCCACGUGGACGAUAGAGUGGAGAAAACCGCGGAGCCCAACGCCUCGGGCCAGUUCCAGGCGGACGACGGUGCAUGGGACGGCUUUGAGACCGCAUACAACGUGUACCUGCAGCCCUCACCGGCCGCGCAGAGCGUCUCGUGGCUGAUCUGCGUAGCACGAACGCGAGGGUGCAUUUAG